UUCUUGCUACAUACUGCACCGUGUCACUUGCCGUACGGCAUUUUUUUAGUUCGCACAGUCGCUCAUUUGCUUCGCCUGUCGACGAACAACGACCGUCAGACCAUGAUUGUACCAAGGCCAGUGUUCCUGUCCAUUAUGGUGUAAAUGAUGUACUACUGGUUACCGUUUGUUGACUAAUCAUUCUCAUUUUCUUCAUUCACCUGCACAAUAUCUAUGUGCCAGGGCUAGGGCUGGUAGUACAGGGGCGCGACCUAAAAACACUGCUCGUUCAAAUACGACGAAGCUGAGGUUCAGCUGCAUGCGCAGCACAAGAUCCGUGCGUUACGUGUUUGUCGUGACUCGUGUAGGGUCUUGAGAAGCAACACGACCCGGAGGAGUAGCAUUUCUUGCCAGCUGCUCUCUGGUGGAGCUAACGACGUACAUUGUGUUGGCCGAAGCCAGCGAGAAAGAACUCUCCAGAUCAAUACUAGUAGUCGCCUGGGUCGCUUGUGCUGUGUUCGUGGGUCAACACAUUUCACGGCGUUGCAAGCGCAAUGGACAACGAUCGCGCAGCUAGCAACAGCAGCAGUGGAGGCUACAAAUGCGAUGAUCAGCGAGUAGAUGAUUUAUUGAAGAGCGGCGAGUUGCCGGACAUCGUCAGUGCUUUCGAGCUGCUCUGGGCCGCCAGGGAGAAGAGUAGCGUGGUGCUGGGCGAUCGGAUCGGACGGCUCCUUCUGGCAGAAUGUGCCCAGCAUGUUGACGAACAAGGAGGUGACGAGGAGUCGAAAGAGCUGCUACAGCUUCUGAAUAGUCCGCACGUGAAGGCUAUCGUGGAGAGCUACGACGGAGUAGUCCUGGAGCGCGAGGAAGCCAAACGGUCCGCAACUGAGAUUACAACGCCGACGUUAUCUCCCGAGGCUAAUCAGAAAUCCCUGGUGAAUGGUACUGGGGAAACUAGCAACGGCGAAUCUGGACCACUGAAGCUGAUUGGAUUGAAUCGGGUGGGAAAUGAGGCUCUUGGCCUGGUGUUGAAGGAUGCGGACGGUCUGGUCAAGAUUUCACGCAUAGUUGUUGGAAUGGCAGCGGAUAGACAAGGCUUGCUGAAGGUCGGGGACGUGAUUCGGAGCAUAAACGGCAAGGAGGUCAACGGCGAUGUUGAAAUGGUGAAGAAGGAGAUCACGUCAUGCCGGGGCACAAUCAGUAUGAAGGUGGAAGCCAGCUUCACUGACCCCCUGCCCACGUCGCAGGUCUACAUGCGUGUUCUGUUCGACUACGACCCGCAGCAAGACCCAGAUCAUCCGUUCCCCAAAGGUGGACUGGCGUUUCGGCGUGGUGACGUACUGCAGAUCGUCAACCAAGAGGACCCGAUGUGGUGGCAGGCGCGCAUCGAGAAGGGGGAGAAUGCCGAUAGGAGUGGUAUCAUUCCCGGGUUAUUGCUGGAAGAGCGUCGACAGGCCAUUGCGCGAGAUCCAGGCGGCGAUGCUGAUGAACAAACACCGGGCUGCCUCGGCAUGCGCCGCAGACGGAGAUCGCGACCAGUCAUGUACACGUCGGCCAGGAACUCAGAGUUUGAUCGGCACGAGCUCAACAUCUUUGAGGAGGUGGCGCGCAUUGCGCCUGGUCAGCGCAAGACGGUGGUUCUGAUCGGUGCGCAGGGUGUUGGAAGACGUGGCUUGAAACACCGCAUCAUCGUGGGCAGUCCCGACAUGUAUGCAACCACGCUACCGCACACCACGCGCCGCCCAAAGCCCGACGAAGAGAAUGGCAAGCAGUACUGGUUUGUUUCUGAAGAGGUGAUGCGAGAAGACAUUGCCUCGCACAAGUACAUCGAGCACGGUGUGUUCAACGACUGCCUCUACGGCACUAAGAUUGACAGCAUCCGGGCUGUCAUUCGCUCUGGCAAGAUCUGCCUACUGGAUGUCAACCCGCAGUCACUGAAGCGACUCAAGACCAGUGAAUUCAAGCCGUAUGUUAUCUUCAUCCGGGCGCCAACGUUUGCUGUACUGAAGCGAAUGCACCAUGAAGCAACUCGCAACAACAGCGAAACGCUCAUGCCAUACUCCGAUGAUGACAUUCGCCGCACGAUACACGAAUCAGAGAAUAUUGAGAAGGCGUACAGCCACUAUUUCGACUUGACCAUUGUCAACGAAGGCAUUGACGAGACUUACAUCAAGCUUGAUGAGGUGCUGAGGGAUUUGCAGGCUUCGACGCAGUGGGUCCCCAUCAACUGGGUCUUCUAGAGCUCGAAACAUAGUUGCGGCAGUAUAGCUAUGCUUCCAAUUGCCUGUAUAUGUUCCAUUCUCUUGUUCAGUCAGUUUUGUAAAGUAUGAUACCGCUUGGAACUGAUACUGCCGCCUGUAGACCGACCAUCCUCACUCACAGUGUUGUGUCUCAUCAUCAUCAGCAGCAGCAGCAACAGCUCAUGCCGUGUACACUGCUGGCGUUGCAAGUUGUCCUGACGUAGCAGGGUGACAAUCUUGACACGUGGAGCGCACAAGCAGCACAUUGCACUGCUGUGCAAGGCGAUUGUUUCUUGUGCCGUCUUCUUUUUGUCUAUAGUAUAGAGAGAUAUUUUGUCACUGGCAGCCAUUCACACUAGUAAUGAAUACAAUGUCUUGCUAUCUGGGCUGCUCUGCUCUAUGCCUCUGCCCACGCUACUCACAGCAUCAUAAGUGCAUUGGUCAAUGAGAAUGCAUGGCUUUAUACGAGUAGGUUGUCAUCGUAUUCCAGCAUUUCAGAAUCACGCCCAUUGUACAGGCUUUACUCCAGUACUCUAUCACUAGAUCCGAUGGUUGUGUCCAUGCCGUUUCAUUGCGGUUGUUGUCUCAUUCUGUGUGUACACUAGACUGAAUAGUGUUUCUGAAGAUUGAUUUCUAUUUUUUGAAGUUUCAUGCACGUAGUCCGAUGUGCAGUUCUGCUUUGAAAACCCGG